GUUUGUCAGUGCUUUUCUUGAUUUUCGUGAUUAUUUUCAUGAUUAUUUUCAUAUUUUAAAUAUAUGGUAUUGUUGGAUUAUAAAUGCAUAUUAAAGAAAGAAGUGAAGAUGACCUCUGUACUUCUUAUAGAACCGUUUUACACGGGCUCCCACAGACAGCUGAUGGAUGUUUUGCAGAGUGAAAUACCUGGGUCUGCAUUGGUCACAAUGUCCGGGAAGAAGUGGCCCUGGAGAGCCCGAACAGCUGCGCUGCACCUCAGCCAGAACAUUCCCAGACAACACAGUUUUAGGACAGUGUUUGCCAGUUCAGUGUUGAACAUGGCAGAGCUGAUAGCCCUGAGGCCUGACCUGGCAAGCACACACAAGGUGCUGUACUUCCAUGAAAACCAGCUCACCUACCCUGUACAGGUCCACAAGCAAAGGCCUGAGAGAGACUUCCAGUUUGGAUACAACCAGAUUCUCUCUGCACUGGUAUCAGAUGUGGUGGUAUUCAACUCAAGCUACAACAUGGAGACAUUCCUGGGAAACAUCAACUCCUUUCUGAAGCAGAUGCAAGAAUACAGACCCAAACACCUGGCUGACCAGAUCAGGGACAAGUGUAGGGUGCUUCACUUCCCCAUAAUGUUCCCUGAUAGAGAUGGUGCUGUGAAUGAGAAAUCAAAUGUGGAGAAGGGCAGAACAAAGGACUUUUGUUUAAACUCAUGUCCCGUGAAGAGUAAUCAUUUUGAAAGCAUAAUGUCAUCUGCUGAACAUGAAGAGCAAACAUGUAAUAACAACAAACAAUCUAAUGAAGGUGUUAUUUCUGAUAGUUUAUCAAUGCCAUGUACAUGUAUUCAAAGUGACAGUGCAAGUAAGGACUGCAUGAAGCCAAGGUCAGGCUUAGCUGAACAUUCUCAGCCAAAACAGGAGCACGGAAGUACUGAAGAAAAAGUCCUACAUGAAAUGGAAAACAAUUUUUGUGUCAAUACAGACACUUUGGGGACAAGUGUUGAGCUACAUGAUGAUAGGUACAGCAGUUCAGCCAAGAAGAUGAAGGUUGAGCACCAGUUCCUCCAUAUUGUCUGGCCUCAUAGAUGGGAGCAUGACAAAAACCCUGAGGCAUUUUUCCGGGUGAUGUAUCAGCUCCGGGACGCUGGGUGUCAGUUCAGACUCUCUGUGCUUGGGGAACAGUAUACUGAUGUGCCUGUCAUAUUUGAAGAGGCAAAUGCAGCAUUAAAGAAUCAUAUAGAACAUUGGGGCUACCAGGCGUGUAAGGAAGACUACUAUAAUGUUUUACGGGAGGCAGAUGUGGUUGUCUCCACGGCAAACCACGAGUUCUUUGGAGUUGCCGUUUUGGAAGCAGUUCACCUUGGUUGUUUCCCCCUUGUUCCAAACAGACUUGUCUACCCUGAGUUAUUUACAAAGACUCAUUUGUACAACACAGACAACCAACUAUUCAAGGAACUCCGCAACUUCUGUAACAACCCUCAUGUGCUGAGACAUAAACAGACGCAGCUCAACACAGAGCAAUACAGCUGGGACGUCCUGAAGUCAAGAUAUUUGGACCUGUUUCAUAUAACAUAACUACCUGUAUUUCAGAAGAGACGUUGUUUUACUGUAGUUACCAUGAGUAUUAUAUGUGUUACUAAAUGUCUGUUAUUAAAUGAAAA